AUGGCAGAGCGACGUCUUGCUCUACUCAUUGGGCAGAGCUCCUCCGUUCCUGGAUUUCAAGACUUGAAAUACUGUCGUCAAGACGUUGACAAGCUAGCCUGGGCUUUGGAAAAGCUUUGUGGGUUCAGGGUCUUGAGCCUCAUAGAUGCAGAGAAGGCUGAUUUCCGGACUCUUCGCAAGCAGUUUAUGCAAGAGUUGUCCGGAGAGAAGGGCGCUCUAGCACUCGUCUACUAUGCCGGGCACGGCGUGUGCAGUCAGGGAAUACCGUAUUGGAUUCCGAAAGAUGCAGAAAAGGACCAGCUAUCGACCUACCAAGCUGUCAACGAGUUUUUGCAGCCCUUGUGCAGUAUGGUCUCCCAGUGUUCAUCAGCCGACAAUGCAGCUCAGUCAGCUUCAGCUUCACCGGCGCCUGGAACACGACUAGUCGUGAUUCAAGACUGCUGCAGGGAGAUUGUCUCGUCGAAGCCAGCUGACGACAGUUUUGCGGAGCAUACGCUCCAGCUAUUUCGUGAGAGAAUAGACUCGCAAGUCUGUUUGGUAUAUGCUUGCAGUGAGGGACGGCCUGCCUUAGAGAGUCGGUCCCAGCCUCACGGCCAGUAUACUGGGGCUUUCAUCCGUGCUUUGGAGAAACCGGGUUUAGAUUUGUACAAGCUUCUGGAAGAAAGCCGGAAGCUGUGUCUCCGUGACAGCAAGAAGUUCCAACAGCCGUGGUUCCAUUUCAGCGGAAGUUUCCAUGAUGUCAUCUUACAUCCCGAAACCAGCCUCAGCGCUGGGUAUUUUUUUGCUCACACAUUAGCAAUUGAGACGGACGCUACAGGAAUUGGCUCAGCAGAAGCUCUGCUGCGCGGUCUUGCCAUCGAUCUCCGUAGUCUGACAGGUGGCGGAGCACAGAUUCCUUCUACUUCGCGAGUCGCCAGUAUUUCAGAGAAGGCUCUUUCUAUCGGGCGGGAACUCAUUCCGCAAGCAUCUGGGCAUGCGUCACGGAAUUUGCUUAGCACCUGCUACCUUCUGAAAAUCAUCGGGCACAUGUUGCCGGAUGGGAUACCAGUGCUGCAGACAGCUGCCGAGCUACGCGUUCGAAGCUUCCUGCAUGAUUGCCUGGAGAGGUACACUGACUCACCACUGUCAUCAUGGGCUGCGGGGGUGAUCUGGGAAUCCCAUGAAGCCAUGGAUGCAACCCUGGCUGCAAAGGAGCAGAUUAUUCCAGACUCUGCCAGUGAACUCUCUGUCUUUGAGCUGGUGAAGCUGCCUGCCCUCUCCAUCUUGCGCAAAGCUUCAGAUGACAUCGGCAAGAAUUUUCAGGAAGCUGGAACGCAGCUCAACAAAGCCUGCAAUCUGAGAGAAGCCGUGACAUCUGCCAUAGAACAAGUCACCGUCCAAUGGCGUGAGGACGUUCGAGGGAGUUUGGACGGAGCCGAAGCAGCUAUCACAGACCAUGUGCAGAGCGUCAUAGAUUCGAUAACUAGCCCCCAUGAAGACCAAGCUACGGCAAGGGACUUCGUGUCAGGGCUGGCUGGCUCCGGUCUUGAAGGCAGUGCUGCGGAGAGGUUGGUGGAUUCUUGGCUGGAGAACGUGAAUAUGAACUCCCCGCAACUCUUCCAGAGUUCUUCUCGCGGUAGUCUUUGCUUUGAACAGCAUGGACAUUGUGAGAGGUUCGUCGCCUCUUUUCGCGAAUGGCUCCGUGUUUGUGCAUGGAGCCAUCUCCUUCGACACGCCGUGAGCAUUUCAGAGCUGGGAUCCUCUCGUAUGCGAGACAUCUUCAAUCCGGGCAAGCCAUGUUGGAGCAGCCUUGUUUCGCACUGCGAGUCUGGUCAUUUGCUGGAAAUGUCGUACUCCUUGUGCAGCUGCGACUGCAACCUUUGCGGUCGCUCGCAGGAUUUGGGAUCACGGGUACAUCUGUGCAAACAGUGCAGCUACACAGUGUGCGAUGCAUGGUCUUGCGGACAAUCGGCCGAUACCGACAGCACAGGCACCCUGAUAGCAUCGUUGCAGGCCGGUGUGCCCGAAAAGGCUUUUGAGCAGGGUGAGUCCCGUGACGAACGGCUAGUCUGCAAGAUCGCUGGGCGAACAUGUCUUGGCGCUGCUGCUGCUUUAGGAGCUCUUGUUCCCCCUGCUGGGCUGGUAUUGGGAACUGCCAGCACGCUGAUGCUGGGAGGGGCGGCAGCAGCGGCGGGUGCAACAAAGGGCCGGCGAGGAGUUCAAGACUUGCUUCACACUUUCGGAUCUGCUGUAGCUGGCCUGCGGUCUGCCAGGUUGUCCGUGGAAGACCUGAUGGUUCUCAAAGAGGAGCAGUUGCAGCUUGUUCAGACCGAGUGGCACCGCAAACAGGAAGAGGAUCUGCUGAAGAUGAAGUUGUGGGCAGGCGAAGAACUGGACGUACAAGAGAAUGCUGCAUGGAACAUGUUCGAGGAGACAGAAAUGAAACACGACGUGGUGAACUGGCUUGUGAUGUCACUGGAAUCAUUGCAAUUUUGA